UCUUCAGUGUUGCAAAGACAUGGCAGGGCCAACUCCCACUUCUCGAAACGCAACCUACGAUUCCGAGUUGGAUCCCACGGACCACCUCCCGCUUUCCCUCCUUAGAUCCGAACUCAUACCGGCCGCACCGAACCGAUCUGAAUCCUCCAUUGACUGGUUACCGGACUUCGCCGGUUACUCAUGGGUAGCCUACGGGUCCUCCUCUCUCCUCGUGAUCUCUCAUUUCCCUUCCCCUCUCUCCCCCGAGCAAAAUCUUAUGGGCCCAAUUUUCCGCCAAGUCUUCGAGCUCUCUUCCGACGCUUCUUCCCCUGUCACCGCCGUUUGUUGGUCUCCGGUCACGCCUUCGGCCGGCGAGCUCGCGGCAGCCUCGGGGAAUUGCAUUUUCUUAUUCUCUCACGACUUGGAGACGUCGAAUUCCGAAAGUUCUUUUUGUUGGAGCCAGAAUGUAGAACUUCUACAAUGUACAAAAGUUGAGGCAGUUGAAUGGACGGCCUCCGGGGAUGGGAUAUUAGCCGGUGGAUUAGAGGUUAUUUUAUGGAAAAGGAAGAGCAAAUCCUGGGAAAUAGCUUGGAAAUUCAAGGCAGAUCUGCCUCAAAAUCUGGUUUCUGCCUCCUGGUCCACAGAGGGCCCUUCAGCGGCUGCAUCUCAUUCGAAGGUUUUACAAAUUGAAGGAGAAGUGAUCAAUGAGCCAAGCAAGUCUGUUUUGGUAUUUUACAGUGAUGGAAACUCUGGAUACGCAAAAGCCACGUUAGGUCAUCCUCAACCUGUUUCGAUGAUUCAGUGGAGGCCAUCAGGAGGGAAACAAUUGUCAAGAGAUGCAAAACAUUUGCGGAGACAUAUAUUGUUAACAUGCUGUUUAGAUGGAACUGUGAGGUUAUGGAGUGAGGUCGAUAAUGGUAGAGUUAAAAAACCAGGCAAGGAUGGCAUUUAUGAUCACAAAAUUACAAUAAGGUCCUUUUGUGUUGCUGCUGUAAUUGAGAUAGAUUGUGCAUUGCGUGGAACUCUAGGAGUGGAUAUAUUUUUGAAAUGGGCAACAGAAAUUGGUGGUAUAGUUAAAACCGGUGAAGAAACUAAGAAAUACUUUUGUACAGAAGGAGAUAAACGUGAAGUUGGUAGGUGUGAGUGGUUAAUAGGGUUUGGUCCUGGAAAAUUGGUCACUUUCUGGGCAAUCCAUUGCCUUGAUGACAUGACUCCAAUGAAGUUUCCCCGAGUUACAUUGUGGAAGAGACAUGAGCUUCAGGACUUUGAAGUUGAACAUCUUCAUAGAAAUGGACUUUCAACAUUAAAACAGCAAUUAGUUCUUAAAAAGGUUGUUAUCAUGAGAACAUGUUUGUCUGGACCUCCAAUUGUAUGCUCUUUGAUUCAUUUAUUUCCUUUUCAAUCUAUGGCCUGGUCCAUGUUAUAUACCAAAACAUCAAAUGAUAUGAAGGAUGCAUCGCCUAAUGAAUCUAGGAUAGAGAAUUUGUUAUCAUGUUCAGUAGGUGGGAUUUUAGAUAUAGAUGGUCAUACCAGUAAAAUCUUACAAAUUGCUAUACAUCCUUAUGUCUGUGAAUUUGAAUUGGCUGUUUCCUUGGAUUCUAAUGGCCUGCUUCUGUUUUGGUCUCUUUCUACCAAUUCCAACAGCAUUCAUGACCUUCCGACAUUGAUUCCCACAUGGAAAAUUUGUGGAAAAUAUGUAAGUCAAGAUAAAUGUUCUAAAUAUACAAGCUUGAGAUGGGCACCUUUAGUAUUGCGUGAAGAUCGGGUUCUUCUUAUUGGGCAUGUUGGAGGAAUUGACUGCUUUGCGGUAAAGAUUUUUGAAGGUGGAGAAGAUGUAGUAUGUCACUACAUAUGCACUAUACCUUUUACAGGUCAUGAUCCUUACAAGGAUGGUCCAACCAACAUCUAUUCAGUACCAUUGUCUUUGUCUUGUAAUAAAACUUCUAUGUGUGAUGGAUUUUUGCUUUUGGGCAUAUGGAUGAAAGAGUUUCAGGCACUUUCCUGGGAAAUAAAAAUUCAUGCUUAUGCUCUGACGGGAAGCAACUCUGAAUGUAAUUUUGAUGAUAAUAGUCUUGUUGAAUGCAGUGCAAGGAAAUUAGAAAAUACGAUUUCUGGCACAAGAUAUUGUGUUCAUGUUAUUCCUUCCUCAGCUCAGUUGCCUGAACCUCAUCUUCAUGAUCAGGUCACAAGUUCUGCUGUGAUCUGUCCGAGUGGUUUGACACCUAUGCAGCAGAAGUUAACUUUUGAUAAUGAUCCAUAUAGUUGUAAAAGUCCUGCAUAUGUUAUGGCUACAGGCUGCUCUGAUGGUGGUUUAAAAUUGUGGAGAUUUAACCCCUAUGACCCAUCAAUUUCUCACAUGCCAUGGGAGUUAGUUGGUAUGUUUACUGCACAUCAAGGUCCUGUCAGUGCUAUAUGUUUGACCAAUUGUGGUAGGAAGAUUGCAACCAUUGGCUCAGAUAGCCAGUCAAAUGCUGUCAGCAAUCUUCGUAUAUGGGACUCUAUACGCCUAGCAGACUCGGGGACUUUUAUGUUAGAAGACACAUUGUCCCUUAAUGAAGAUGUUGUUGCUUUGAAUUGGUUAAACCUAGGAAAUGGUCAGUUAUUACUUGCAGUUGGCAUGCACAAUGAAUUACGGGUAUAUGCUCAGAAGCGUUGUGGGGGUCAGGCUUUGUUAAACUCUAAAAAGCCUCUGGGAAUGCAAAUCUGGUUCUGCAUUGGGAUCAGUCAUACUUUUUCUGCUAUUCAUGAUUUCUUGUGGGGGCCCAGGACCACAGGUGUAGUUGUCCAUGCUAGUUACGUGAGUCUUUUAAGUCCAUGGCUGUUUCUUUUAGAUAAGAAGCAUCAGACUGAAUCCAAUCCAAAUUUUAUCACCGAAAGCCUUCUUGAUUCUGAAAUUGGUAUGAAUGAGGGAACCCUUUCUGAAACAUUUAGUGAUCGUGAUGCCAUUAAUUACAAAGAAACAUUAAUUGAGAAUGGGAAUGGAGGAUGCAAGUCUGGUCUUCUUGGGAAGAUUACUACAAAAGAUGAUCACCUAUCCAACACAUUUUUAGUUGGAAGGGCUCAACUGAAACAGAAGUCAAAGAUCUUACUUGGUUUUUGGAGCAUGCUAGACAUAGUGGAGAUGUUAGCAGGAGUUUUGCCUGUUUAUCACCCGGAGGCACUCUUUGCAAAUAUAUAUUCAGGCAAUUGGAAACGUGCAUACAUCUCUGUGAGGCAUCUGGUUGAAUAUCUUAAUUCUAGUUAUAUUUCUGAGAAGAUAUAUCACCAUCCAAAGCGUAGCGAUAUUGUUCCACAGAUACCUUUGUCCAAUUACAUUGAAGGGAUUCUCUCCAAUAGUUCAACUGAGAAUGCAUUCCGAUGGAGUGGGAAUGCUACUUCAAUGGCAUCAUCUUUACAAUUUCAAAGUGGCUUGACGCAAUUUGCUUACAAUUUGGCACCUGAUGCUUCCAGCAAUAUGUUCAGCUUGUCUUCAUCAAAAUCUGGACUUAGGGACUUCCUUGAGCCUAUUAAUAAGUUGCAUGAGUUGGCAGCGAUAACCGCAGCAGAGAAGAUGCAAAUUCUUGCAAUUAUAGAUCUUCUAAAUGAAGUUAGUAAUCCUCAGUCAGCUUCUGUUUAUGAAAAUCUUGAUGAACCGGGUCGAAGGUUUUGGGUCACAUUAAGGUUUCAGCAGCUGCUUUUUUCUCAAAGUUUUGGUAGAUCAGCAUCUUUGGAAGAGUUGGUUGUUGAUUCUGGGCUUAUGGUGUGGGCAUUCCAGUCUGAUUGCCAGGAAACUUUGUUUGGUUCUUUACUACCUAAUGAACCAUCUUGGCAGGAAAUGCAGACUUUGGGUGUUGGAUUUUGGUUUACUAACGCAACACAACUGCGCACAAGGAUGGAGAAGUUGGCUAGAUCGCAAUAUCUUAAGAAGAGAGAUCCCAAGGAUUGUACACUGUUGUAUGUUGCACUAAAUAGACUUCAAGUUUUGGCUGGUCUAUUUAAAAUCAGCAAGGAUGAGAAGGAUAAACCAUUGGUUGGAUUUCUUUCACGCAAUUUUCAGGAGGAGAAAAAUAAGGCAGCAGCUUUGAAAAAUGCUUAUGUCUUGAUGGGGAGACAUCAACUAGAGCUGGCUAUUGCUUUUUUUCUGCUUGGAGGCGAUACUUCUUCUGCAGUCACUGUUUGUGCAAAGAACCUUGGGGAUGAGCAACUAGCACUAAUAAUUUGUAGACUUAUUGAGGGGCGAGGUGGACCAUUAGAGCGUCACUUGAUUACAAAGAUUAUACUUCCAUCCGCAAUUGAGAGAAGUGACUAUUGGCUUGCAAGCCUUCUAGAGUGGGAAUUGGGGAAUUAUCCUCAAUCUUUUCUGAUCAUGCUUGGUUUACAAGUGGGUUCUGCUAUCGAUGCAUCCACUCUUUCAUCCUGUCAUGUUGCUUUCAUGGACCCCAGUGUAGGACUGUAUUGCCUCACAUUAGCAAACAACACUAGCAUGAGGAAUGCUGUAGGGGACCAGAAUGCUGGAGUUCUUGCUAGAUGGGCAUCUUUAAUGAGUGCUACUUCCUUAAACAGAUGUGGGCUUCCACUUGAAGCCUUGGAGUCUCUUUCAACUUCUCUGAGUAUUCUUGGGGGUACAGAUCAAGAGAAUGUAUCAGAUAUUGCAUCUUCUAAAAUUUCACUUGGAAUUUGGAAACCAUCCAUUGAUGAUUCCUCUAACUGGCUAUUGGGCGAUGUUGCGUUGCACCUUGAGUUCUAUGCUAAAUUAGAUUUGGCUCUCCAAUAUAUCUCAAAGUUGAUAAGGGAGCACCCUAGUUGGCCUAGAACCUCUGUUGGAUCUGUUGGAGUGAAUACAUGUUCUGAGGAUCAUGAGAUUCAGUAUGAUAAAUUACUUGAAAACUUUCAGCAUAAGUUGUGCACAGCGCUUGCACAGUUUGAGCAGAAGUUCUUAUUGGUUUCUUCCUGCCUAAUUGAUAUGAUUUUUGUCUCAUUGUGGAGUAAUGGGUUCUGGUUCCUUGGAUAUGAUAUCCUACAUGGGUAUUCUCAUGAAUGCAGCCAGUAUGAGAAUCAUAUAAUUGACAGUUCCCUCCGCUAUCCCCUUUUGCACAAGCCACUUUUGAAGGUGACUGAGGAUAUCUCCUUUUUGUUUUCACAUUUGAUUGCUGCCUGCAGCAUAACCUGGUCCGCAUCAAAAUCAUGUUAUAUGGAAAAUGGUGCAUCCCACGAAGUUAGAUCCAACUGGCUAUAUGCCUGGGGAUGUUACUUUCAGGGGGUCAGACUAUCAUUAUGGAAUUUAAAAGCUGCCGUGAGGAUUUUCUCUGCCAACUACAAAGAGGCCGACACCUCGAAACUUCUUACUCUUCUUGAUUUUUACGAAUAUUAUGCAAAUUUUGCUUCUGCUUGGCUUCAGAAAAAUUCAAAAGGUUUAGUUCUGAUGGUGCAACCCCUCUUAGUUUCAUAUACUAAUGGGCAUACUCCAUAUGAAGUUGAUAUGUCGAUUCUGAAGAAAGUGUCUUACCAGGUUGCAGAUACUGUGACUCAGAAUACAUUGAUUAAUGAUAUAAUAGGUGGCCUUGAGGUUGCUAGAUGUGCUGAAGACAAAAAAGUUCGAGAGCUAUUGCAUUCAAUUCCAGAAGAUGAGAGAUGGCAUAUUAUAGGGGCUUUUCUGUGGCAACACAUGUCCAGAUUCAUGAAACAUAAACUAGAUUCAAUAGCCGUUUUACUUGAUGACACUUGUCCUUCUGGUUUUUCCUAUGGUAAACUUUCUUCUUGUGCUCCUGGUUCGGUGGAUUUUGAAUCAGAUACCAAGAGCAUAAGAGAAAAGAUUAGGUCAUUGUCAUGGAUAUUGGCCAAGUUGCUGAAAAUUGCACUUGAACAUAUUUCUUCUUACCAUGUGAAACAACUUGUGUUGUUCUUGCAGCAGAAAAUAGAUAAUGGAUUUCACCCUCCUACUCUUGUAUGGUUGGAGGAAUCUAAAUUGUCUUCUAGGACUCUACAUCAGCAUCUGGGUCAGGGUAUUGUUGGUGAAGAUAUAACAAACAGCACAAAUCAACUUUCUGCUUCUUAUGUCUUAUGGAAUAUCUGUGCUGAUCCUACUCUGAUAUCAGAAAGUUUUGCACAUGAGAAAAUAAAUUGGUCAAGUAAUUUUCAUUUUAAGCCUUCCAAAGGAUGGGGUGAAGUAUACAAAGACAUUAAAGGGGAGCAUGAAAGUGAUAAGUCCCAUAAUCAUGGAGGCAGAAUAAGCAAUAGUUCUUCUGGUGGUGAAGCUGGAUCACCUUCUAGGAGUCUGUUUCGGAAUGGACAUACUUUUCUGAGUUCCUCACAGAAAGACACAAUCAUGGAAAAGGAGGUCACACCUUUCCAAAACCCUAAAGAAAUAUACAAGAGAAAUGGGGAGCUUUUAGAGGCAUUGUGUGUCAACUCCAUUGAUCAAAGGCAGGCUGCCCUAGCCAGCAGCCGGAAGGGCAUAAUUUUCUUUAACUGGGAAGAUGGUAUGCAUGACAUAGAUCAAUCAGAUUAUAUCUGGUCAGGUGCUGAUUGGCCUCACAAUGGUUGGGCUGGUUGUGAAUCAACCCCAGUUCCAACCUGUGUAUCUCCUGGUCUUGGUCUUGGUAACAACAAAGGAGCUCAACUGGGGUUGGGUGGGGCAACCAUUGGUGUGGGUUCUUUAGCUAGACCAGGGAGAGACCUGACAGGUGGUGGAGCAUUUGGGAUUCCAGGUUAUGCUGGUAUUGGUGCCUCUGGCUUAGGCUGGGCGGUGCAAGGAGACUUUGAGGAGUUUGUUGAUCCGCCAGCUACUGUAGAAAACAUAAGUACAAGGGCUUUCUCAAGUCACCCCUCAAGGCCUGUCUUCCUGGUUGGUUCUAUCAAUACACACAUUUACUUAUGGGAGUAUGGUAAGGACAAAGCAACAGCAACUUACGGAGUGCUGCCUGCUGCAAAUGUUCCUCCACCUUAUGCUCUUGCCUCAAUAUCAGCUUUGCAGUUUGAUCAUUGUGGACACAGAUUUGCUACUGCUGCACUAGAUGGAACAGUUUGCGCAUGGCAGCUGGAGGUGGGAGGCAGGAGCAAUAUCCGUCCAACAGAAUCAUCUCUCUGUUUUAAUAACCAUGCAUCGGAUGUCGCUUACGUUACUUCAAGUGGAUCAAUCAUUGCUGCUGCUGGAUGUAGCUCCAAUGGUGUUAAUGUGGUUAUAUGGGAUACAUUGGCACCGACUGCAACCUCUCGGGCAUCCAUUAUUUGCCAUGAAGGCGGUGCCCGCUCCAUUGCUGUAUUUGACAAUGACAUAGGAAGUGGUUCUAUUUCUCCCCUAAUAGUUACUGGUGGUAAAAAUGGUGAUGUUGGACUUCAUGACUUUCGGUACAUAGCUACUGGAAGGACUAAAAGGCACAGGUACCAUGAUGGUGUUGAAACAAGCAUCAACAGGUCUUCCAGUACUGACAUGAGGACAGGAGCUAGUAAUCAAUUACAGGACCAGAAUCACAGUGGGAUGCUUUGGUACAUACCAAAGGCUCACUUAGGUAGUAUCACCAAAAUAUCAACCAUCCCAAAUACCAGUUUGUUCUUAACGGGAAGCAAAGAUGGAGAUGUUAAACUUUGGGAUGCCAAAGCGGCCAAGUUGGUUUAUCAUUGGUCAAAAUUGCAUGAAAGGCACACCUUUUUGCAACCAAGCUCUCGUGGUUUUGGGGGUGUUGUGCGGGCUGCUGUUACUGAUAUUCAAGUUGUGUCACAUGGUUUUCUUUCAUGUGGUGGAGACGGCUCUGUAAAGCUGGUUCAGUUCAAUGAUUACCUACAUGGGACAUUAAGAUGAAACUUAUCUGAGCCCAAGGGAGCUUGACUUUUCAGAACAGUUAAAAACUGUUUUGUGUUCCAAGAAAUUUGUUGGCAAUGCAAGCGCAAGACUGUUUGUGUUCUUUAGGAACAGUUAAGAAAAGACAGCAUUCCAUGAACUCGGUUGACUUGGUGAGCUCAGUGCCUUUGACAUCAGGUAGUCGUUUGGCAUCACCAACAUAUAUCUUCUUUUCCGCGCUUGUUGUUAAUUGAUGGCUUUUGAAAACCCGAAUCAUCAGGGAAAGAGAAAAGCUGUGCGUGUACAUUAUUCCAUCUCUCUUGCAUUGAGGUUUCCAUUGUUGAACAAAUAAGUAGGAAAGAAACCUGUAGAAUGCGUGACACGGAUGAAACCAGAUAAGAGGGGUUCAGACUGUGGGUUCACAUUUCAAGCGUUCAACAUCCAAGAGAAAUGGUUGGGACUGUGGGUUUCACAUUUCAGUUUUUGUUACUCUUUUCGUAGUUUUCUCCGUGCGAGGUGUUUCAGAUGGCUGUGGGGAUAAAAUUUUUGUGUGAUAUUUCCAGUGUAUAUACAUACGAAUAAAAACAGAAUUGUCUUUGUCAAUGAUUAUUGUUCUUGUAAAUGUACAUAUGUAAUUAUUGGAAAGUGGUGACAUUGAUAUACUAAUCUCUCUUUCUUGACCGUA